AUGCGUUUGUCCUGGAUAUUGAACGCAGCGAAAGGUGGUCGACAAUUAUUGGUCAAUUGCGAAUCACAAGCAACAGGCCAUCGGGUGAUGCGCAUACGUGAGAAAACGCAAGACAAAUUAGAAUUUCUACACGUCGAUCCAUGGAUUGAUCAAGAAGUUCUGUACAAAGAAAUCAGAAAGAUCAAAACAUUAGAAAAACAAAAAGUUCGCGAACUACAUCUUGGCCGAGUAGUAUGA